GGGGUCCGAUGCCUGUCGCCCCGCCUGGGGGUCCGAUGCCUGUCGCCCCGCCUGGGGGUCCGAUGCCUGUCGCCCCGCCUGGGGGUCCGAUGCCUGUCGCCCCGCCUGGGGGUCCGAUGCCUGUCGCCCCGCCUGGGGGUCCGAUGCCUGUCGCCCCGCCUGGGGGUCCGAUGCCUGUCGCCCCGCCUGGGGGUCCGAUGCCUGUCGCCCCGCCUGGGGGUCCGAUGCCUGUCGCUCCGCCUGAGGGCCCGAGACCUGUAGUUCCGCCUGGGGGUCCGGCGCCCGCCGCUCCGCCUGGGGGUCCGAGGCCUGUCGCCCCGCCUGGGGGUCCGGUGCCUGUCGCCCCGCCCGGGGGCCCGGUGCCUGUCGCCCCGCCCGGGGGCCCGGUGCCUGUCGCCCCGCCCGGGGGCCCGGUGCCUGUCGCUCCGCCUGGUGGCCCGCUGCCUGCUGCUUCGCCUGGUAGCCCGAUGUGCCUCUGCCCGGGGUCCUGCCCGAUG